GGUGCGGAACGAGAGUUAGGUCUUGAAAUUGUCCGUACUCAUUCAGUCAUUCCUGAAGCUCAGCUACGGUCUCAGCCUCGGGUAAUCAGCUUCACGCCCAAUGGUUUUGCUUCUGCACUUCAUAUUUCUUCUUCUUUCACCGAUAUGACUACAAGACUUCCAGUUCAACAUUACGAUCUCAGAACCCCCAAUUCCUUCAUCGGCACUGCUCUUCAUGAUCUCAACACUUCGCAUGGAAGCCCUUCUGAUAUUGAAGCCAUCAGCGACGUUGAUCGCGACGCUGUUACUGAUGAUCGCUUGGACGAUGACCAAGAUUCCAGUGCUGUUGACUGUAUACAUGAAUCUUACAGAAGUUCAUUACCUAUUCACACUGUGGGAGUAGAAGAAGAUCGUUCAAGUCUUGAGAAUAGUGGGUCUUCCAGGUUGUCUUAUGACUCUUUAACUGUAGAGGAUAUUUCACCUAUUGAAGCAGCACGAGCAAGAUUUCUGCAGAUCAUUGUAGAUCAUUUUAUUGAUGAUCAUGUACUCGAAGUGACUGAGACUGACAAUGAUUAUAUCUCUCAGUCUGGACAGGAUAAAUUGGCAAAGAGGAAGACAAAGGAAGUCCAGUAUGAAGGGGAUCCAAAAUUUGUCUUACCUUUGAUGUAUGUUGCAAAUAUGUAUGAAACACUUGUUACCGAUGCAAACAUCAGGCUUGCUUCCUUGAGUGGCAUCCGCGAUAAAACUAUUGGGGUAGCCCUUGAAGCAGCUGGAGGUUUGUACAGAAAGCUGGCUCAGAAAUUCCCCAAAAAAGGCCCUUGCACAUAUAAGAGAAGAGAACUUGCAACUUCUCUUGAGACAAGGACUAGGUUUCCAGAACUAGUAGUUCAAGAAGAGAAGAGGGUCCGUUUUGUGGUUGUUAAUGGUUUAGACAUUGUUGAAAAACCCAAUAGAAUGCCGAUUGAAGAUGCUGAAUGGUUUAGACGAUUAACAGGUCGCAGUGAGGUAGCUGUGUCUGCUCAGGACUACAAGUUCUAUUCACCAAGGCAUAAAUAUAGGCGAGUUGCAGCAAAUUCUGUGUCCAGCAUUUCUAGUUUAAAUGCAUUUUCCAGCGGUGACAAUUCUUCUACUCUGACUAGUGGUCAAGCAUUCCGCUCUCCGGGCGAACAACAAACACCCUGCAAACAUCAUAUCCAACAACUGCCUCAUCAGCCUCAAUUUCAGUCUAUCCACCAGAAUCAUCAUCAGUCCAUGCACCAAAGUCAACAUACUGCCCACUUUGCUCACAAUCAUCAAUGUGGUCAACCUUCACAGUUACAGGAUAUUUCCCAUACUCAUCAUUCUCCAACAAUGUCACAACACAUAGCUUGCUUACAACCUCUUUCAGGUGGUCAUGUUGGUGGGCGCUUGCAUCAUGGGCUGCCUUCCAGUCCUGCCAAGUUCUGUGAUGAAUGUGGAGCUCCAUAUUUAAGAGAAACCUCUAAGUUCUGCUCAGAAUGCGGUGUCAAGAGGCUGGGAAUUUGAUUUAUGUCGUAUAAUGAUCAUUAUUUAGUCUCUCCAAGAAAAAGCUCAAUGUUGUAUUUGUAUUUAGUUUUCCUUAAGUGAGUGUAGAUUCGUCUGUGUACGUAUUUAGAUCUUGUAAGUAUGCAUGUGUACUUACCCUUACUCGUUAUAUUGGAGUUGUAUCUUUAAGAGAGCGUUUGGCACGUGAAUUCGACACUUAUGUGGACUUUAUUAGGAACCAUUAUUUCACUUUUGUCCUAAUAGAUUAAACCAUAUUACAUU